AUCUUUAAAGAUGGGGAAAAUCCAGAACGUACCUUUGAUUUGGUACUGAAGGUGAAAUGCCAAGCAUCUGAAAAUGAAGAUCCAGUGGUACUGUGGAAGUUCCCGGAGGACUUUGGAGACCAGGAUGUGCUGAACAGUGUUCCAAAGUUCUGCUUUCCUUUUGACGUCGAAAGGGUGUCCCAAAACCAAGUAGGACAGCAUUUUACUUUUGUGCUCACCGACAUUGAAAGUAAGCAACGGUUUGGAUUUUGCCGUUUGACGUCAGGAGGCAAAGUCUGCCUCUGUAUUCUGAGUUACCUACCCUGGUUUGAAGUAUACUAUAAGCUUUUAAAUACUCUGGCAGAUUAUUUGGCUAAAGAGCAGGAAAAUGACUCAAAGGAUUUGUUAAAAUCGUUGUAUAGCCAUCCUGUGCCAAAGGCAAACGCUUUAGUCAGUUUAAGUGUGCACUUGUAUUUCAUUACUCCUGAUAUAACUGGAUUGCCAACAAUCCCUGAAAGUAGAAACCUCACUGAGUAUUUUGUUGCUGUGGAUGUGAACAACAUGCUGCAACUUUAUGCCAGUAUGUUGCAUGAGAGAAGAAUAAUUAUUACCUCGAGCAAACUAAGCACUUUAACUGCUUGUGUUCAUGCGUCAGCUGCAUUAUUGUAUCCUAUGUAUUGGCAGCACAUUUACAUCCCAGUGCUUCCUCCACAUCUCCUGGACUACUGCUGUGCACCCAUGCCUUAUCUAAUUGGUGUCCACUUAAGUUUAAUAGAGAGAGUGAAAAACAGAUCACUGGAAGAUGUGGUUUUGCUAAAUGUUGACACAAACAAUCUAGAAAACCCUUUUAAUGACCUGAGCAACCUACCCAGUGAAGUGGUGAGUCUUAUAGAUGUUUCUUGGGGUUUCUCUUUUAUAUGGAUGCUUUUUUUGCCUGAUUUUGCUAAAUGCUGUAAAAGAAAUAGGGGGGUAAAAAGCAGCAAAUGUAGUCUUCUGUGUUUGAUAUUUUACAUUUCUGACAGUUGAGGAGAUGUUGAAUGGUACAUCAUAUUCCUUAUUGUAAAAGUAGGAUCAUAAUUAUAAAGCUAGCUGCAUUCAUUAGGCAUAGCUGCUCUAAACGCAAGAGUCUCUUCAUCUCAUCUUAAUCAUUAUAUUACAAAGUAGGCAUUUCUGUCUGCCUAGUGGCAUGUCUUGCAAAAGAACGAGAGAGUUUUUGAAGGCAAAAAGAAGAAGGGGGCCAAUUAUCGGCUUCUUCUUCCCUGCCACCUGCCAGCGUUUUCCUUUUAAUUAAUGAUCUGAUGGCACUGGUCAAUAUAAUAAGAAAUGCUUGUACAGUUGGGGUCAGAAAAUUCAGGCUUUGAUCUUCUUCAACUUUGUGAAACAUUUAUUUGUUUUCUCUAAAUUAUUUCAGUUUUAUUUUAAUCUCUUCUAUCCUGCUGAGGGCUGCACGAAUGAAAACCUAUACUGUUUGUCAUUUGCUUUGGCAGAGCAAAGACUGCUUACUUAGAAUUCUAUUUGUAAAUUAAACUGCAAACCCAGUUUGUCAUAAAAGACAUCUGAUCCUUUUGAAAUGACGAAAACUGUCUUUUGUCUGUAAAGGAUGAUAAAUUAAGUGCCAGUUCUUUCUGGACUUUGAUCUUGCAGAGGGUCUCCCCCUCCUUUUUUUCCUAUUGCCUAUAGGGGAACAUGUUCUGUAUAUCAUUUUAUAUAGUCACAAAAUUCGCCUACCUUCAACAGAGCUCUGAAAAAAAAAUUAUUUUAAAAUCACUGUUUUGAUUAUUUACUUAUAGAUGCACAAACUGUUGUCAGCACAAAGAAUUUUAUAUCAAAAUUUGAAAUCAAAGAGCUACAUUUUCUGAAAUUGUAAAAUCUUAAAAACAAACUGUCAUAAUCAAAGAAGGACACUGAUGUGACAUACUAUUUUUGUCACUAGACACUUUGUUUUCACUGAUAAUUUGUAUGUAUUUGAAACAACAGAAAUCAAACUCUUGAUGAUUAUAUUGAUGUAAGUUCCCUUUGAUUAUGAUAGCAUUUAAACGUAGACUUUGUGUAGCUUGUCUGGUCAGUCUUCCUCUUGAUUCAUUAUCAACUACAGUUCGGUAAUGUAUAAGAAACUGAUUAUGUAAAAACAUUCUGGAAUUAUGUAAUUUUAUCUUGGUAUAUGAAAAAGUAUGUACACACAGAUGCACAGAAAUUUUGAAUGUAUUGUAUUUUAUGAGAGUAUAAUAAGUAAAGUAAGCUUCCAUUGUGUUGGUGAUCUUACUUGACCUUGUAUUCAGUGUAAAAGCCUGAGGUUUUAAUGUUAUGGAAGUACAUGCCUGUUGUCAAAUAAUAGCUGGAGGUAGAAUUGAGAAUUAGGCGUCAUCGUUGGUCACAUACUAAGGUAGCUGGAGGUCCUGUGGACAAGUGGAAAUGAAUUUUCACUGAAUGUAAGCUCUCAUAUACUUUACAGAUGCGUACCAAAGUGGUCUCUAAAUGAAUAUGCUAGCAUGAAAAAAGUAGA